AUGAACAACAUACGUGAAAAGUUGGACGAUACGACAAUCGAAGAACACCGACUACAUCAAAACAAAACACACGAAAAAUACUGGUAUAGAUGGGGUCCCUACCUUAGUGAAAGAGCUUGGGCUACAGUCCGUGAAGAUUAUUCAUACAAUGGUGAUGCAUGGUCUCAUUUCCCCUUUGAACAUGCCAAUUCUCGUGUCUUUAGAUGGGGUGAAGAUGGGCUGUUUGGAGUUUCUGAUAAUAAGGAAUUCAUUUGUUUGAAUGUCGCUUUGUGGAAUGGGAAAGAUUGUAGAUUGAAAGAAAGAUUGUUUGGGUUGACUGGACCGCAGGGGAAUCAUGGUGAAGAUGUUAAGGAAUUGUAUUAUUAUUUGGAUAAUACUCCUACUCACUCAUAUAUGAAGGCAUUGUAUAAGUAUCCAUUUAAGAAGGCGUUCCCUUAUGAGGAAUUAGUGGAGGAGAAUGGGAAAAGAGGCUAUAAGGAUAAAGAAUUUGAAGUUUAUGAAAUUGAUGGAUUGUAUCAUGAUAAAGAGACGGAUGAUGAUCCUUAUUAUGAUGUCUUUUUCGAAAUGGCUAAAGAUGAUGAAAAUCCAGAUGAUUUGAAUUUUAGAAUUACUGUGCAUAAUAGAAGUAAAUUGGAUUCCGGUGAACUUUACAUUUCCCCCCAGAUUUUCUUUAGAAAUACUUGGGCUUUUAAUCCGGAAGAAUCGAAAAAAUUAGGUGGGAAGCCAAUUUUACAACAAGAUGAGAAAAGUAAUAAUUUAAUUCAUGUUAAACAUAGAAAAUAUGGUGAUCGCCAAAUUGUUUUCCAACCAUCUCCAGGUGGAUUCGGUAACCCAGAAGAAAAUCAAGACCAACAACAUGAAGUGGAAGAUAUCGAUCCUGUUCUACUUUUCACUGAAAAUGAUUCCAAUUUAGUCAAAUUGUUCAAUGAAAAGGAAAAUCCAACUAAAUAUAGUAAAGACGCAUUUGAAGAAUAUCUUGUCAAUGGUAAAACCGAUACAGUUAAUCCAAACCAUGAAGGUACUAAAGCAUGUGCAGUUUAUCAUUUUAAAAAUAUUCCACCAAACGAUUAUGUUACAGUUAGAUAUAAAUUUACAAACGAUAGUGAAAACAAGAUUUUCCCAACAAAUGAUAUUUCCAUAAUCGAUGAAGAUGAAUUUGAUUCCAUCUUUGAUAAACGUGAACAAGAAGCUGAUGAAUUCUAUUGGAGAAUCACACCAAUGCCCAUUAGUGAUGAAUUAAGAAACGUUCAAAGACAAGCAUUCGCAGGUUUAAUGUGGACCAAACAAUUUUAUAAUUUCACAUAUGAUGCGUGGUAUAAUGGUGAUCCAGAUAUUAAACCAUUCCCACCACCAAAUAGAGCUAAUGGUAGAAACAAAAAUUGGAGACAUCUUUACAUUGAAGAUAUCUUAUCCAUGCCUGAUAAAUGGGAAUAUCCAUUUUUCGCUUCAUGGGACACUGCAUUCCAUUGUAUCCCAUUAGCUAUGAUUGAUCCUGAAUUUGCCAAGAGACAAUUAGAUUUAUUAACAAGAGAAUGGUACAUGCAUCCAAAUGGUCAAAUUCCAGCAUAUGAAUGGAAUUUUAAUGAUGUUAAUCCUCCAGUUCAUGCAUGGGCCGUGUAUCGUGUCUUUAAGAUUGAAAGAAAUAUUUAUGGUCGUGAAGAUCGUGUCUUCUUAGAAAGAGUUUUUCAAAAAUUAUUAUUGAAUUUCACUUGGUGGGUUAAUCGUAAGGAUUCAGAGGGGAAAAACGUUUUUGAAGGUGGUUUCCUUGGAUUGGAUAAUAUUGGUGUUUUUAAUAGAUCAGAACCUUUACCUACUGGUGGGACUUUGGAACAAGCUGAUUCUACUGGUUGGAUGGCUUUCUUCUCAUUACAAAUGUUAAAUAUCGCAUUGGAAUUAGCAAAAGAGAAUCCUGUUUAUGAAGAUAUUGCCUCCAAAUUCUUUGAACAUUUUAUGUUGAUUAGUGAUUCUAUUUCAUUUGAAUACGAACUUGGUAGAAAUAUGGAGGGUAAUUGUGAAGAAGUCGCUAAACAAAACUUAUGGAAUGAAGAAGAUCAAUUUUAUUACGAUGCAAUUACUUGGGAUAGUAAAAAUAGACAACAAUUACCCAUCAGAUCUCUUGUUGGUUUGAUUCCUUUAUAUGCUGCAAUGACUUUAGAACCAAGAAUUUUGGAGCAAUUUCCUGGGUUUAAGAAAAGAGUGGAUUGGUUCAUUGAAAAUAAACCAGAAAUGUUUGGUAGAAAUAUUGUAACCAUGACCAAGAAGGGUGUUGGUGAAAGAUUAUUAUUAUCAUUAGUCAAUAAGGAUAGAUUACAAGCCAUAUUGACAAGAAUGUUAGAUGAAAAUGAAUUCUUGUCAUCGUACGGUAUUAGAUCUCUUUCUAAAUAUCAUGAAAAGCAUCCUUUUGAAAUGGAUGUUCAUGGUCAACAUUAUAAAGUUCAAUAUUUACCUGGUGAAUCUGAUUCUGGUAUGUUUGGUGGUAAUUCUAAUUGGAGAGGUCCAAUUUGGUUAGCUACAAAUUUCUUACUUAUUGAAUCACUACAAAGAUUUUAUUUGUAUUAUGGUAGUGAUUUCAAAGUGGAAUGUCCCGUUGGAUCAGGAGAGUAUUUAAACUUAGCUGAAGUGGCUGAAGAAUUAGGUUAUCGUAUGAUUCAUUUAUUUGUUCCAGAUGAUAACGGUGAAAGAGCAAUCAAUUAUGGUCCAUAUAAUAAAUUUUUAUCAACAGAUCCAUAUUUCAAAGAUUAUGUUACAUUUUUCGAGUAUUUUGAUGGUGAUACUGGUAGAGGUCUUGGUGCUUCACAUCAAUGUGGUUGGACUGCAUUGGUGGCCAAAUGGAUUAGUGACGUUGGUAUGUCAUGUAUUAGAUUACCAAGAACUCCAAGGGCAUCAAUUUCGACUAUGAGGACAACAGAUUCUGAUAUGAUUGAUGAAGUUAAAUCGAAGAGAUGGGCAAGACGUAAGAGUGCUAAAUCAUUGGUUAAUUUUACUAGUAAUGUAUUAGAAUUAUCUGAAGAGGAGAAAAGACAACAUACUCUUGGUGGUACUCAUACUGGUUUAACACCACAAAGUAGUGUUUGUAGCAAGAUAGCUAGAGAUGCAUUAGGAGAAGAAGUAGAAGAAGAAAACGAAGUAGAGAUCUCAUCACCAAGUGAACAAGUGAAUGAAGAGGAUAAAGAUGGUGAUAAAACUAUUAUAAACAAAUUAAAGGAUAAAAUGAAGAAAAUGAAUUUUGUUAAUAAAUCUGAAGAAAAUACCAAAUGA